AUGAGACUGGCCGCUUAUGCUGGGGCCUCAGUGGUCCUAGCCGCUGGUGUGUUUCUAAAAGCUCUUCAUCAGAGGUCCAAUUUCUAUUCGGCAUGCGUCUAUCUCUCUCAGAGUAGUGCGAAUCUUAUGAUCCUCACGAAUUUAUGCCUUCUCGUCACCGGCUUUAUCCUAUUCUGGCUUCAGCGACUUCUUUACGGACGCUUGCGACCAAUCGAGACCGAACAACUAUACGAGCGGGCCUGGUUCGCCGUCACAGAGACAUGUCUGGCUAUGACCAUCUUCCGAGGCGAACUUGGAGGCUGGUUUCUGGUCAUGUUCAUUUCGCUGCUGGUCGGCAAGGUCUGGGGAUGGAUUGGCGAAGGCCGCGUUGAGUUCCUAGAGCAACAGCCGCCGGCUAAUCCCCGGUUGUUCCACACUCGACUGGCGCUAUCUCUCGUGCUGACGGUGUCGUUCAACUUCUUCAUGUUACGGUACUGUGUGCACACUGUAAUUACGCAGGCACGGCCGGAUAUGAUGGUGAUGUUUGGAUUCGAAUUCGCCAUCUUGCUGAUCCUCUCGACCUCCACCCUCCUGCGAUACGUUAUCGCGUUGACCGAAAUCUCCAUAACCCGCCAGCAAAUAAAGGCCAAGAUCCAGGAACGUCGGGAUGAGAUCCGUGUUGCGCGUGUCGAAGCGAUUCGAGAACAUGCUCGCGCGGGAGCUACCUCCCCUCCUGACAAUCUGCCCGACGAAAACGAUGUCAAUGAGUUGGAGAUCGACGUGCCCGGGUGGGAGGAGAAGGGUCGUUGGAUCUUCUACCUAGAUCUUUUGACCGAUUUGUUGAAACUCCUGAUUUAUUUGAGCUUCUUUGGUAUCCUGCUCACUUUCUACGGCCUCCCCAUCCACAUUCUGCGGGACGUUGUUGUGACCAUCCGCUCAUUUGCGCGUCGCAUUAUGGACUUCAUGUGUUACAGAAACGCGACAAGGGAUAUGCAUCAGAGGUAUCCGGAUGCAACAGCAGAGGAAAUCUCCCGGGAAGAUGUCUGUAUCAUCUGCCGUGAGGAAAUGAUUCCGGCGCAACCGGCGGCUGAUGCGGCUGGAGAGCCUGCACCACAACGUGUUCCUGACCGUCUACGUCCAAAGAAGCUCCCAUGUGGCCAUAUCCUGCACUUUUCGUGCCUCCGAAGCUGGCUUGAGAGGCAACAAAACUGCCCGACAUGCCGACGUCCUGUUAUAAUGCCACAGCGAACUCAGGGAGCUGCCGGGGUUGCAGACAACAACGCGCGCGGAGGUCAGAAUGGUGGUAUUCGGCCAGGCCAACAAGGUGCGGAUGCACAACCACGUGCUCGGGUCUAUCAGUUUGGACCCUUCCGCAUCGGCUUUGGAGCUGUGCGUGGAGAUUUAUUCAACAAUCUUCACCAAGGUAACGCGCCGCGGGCAAACCCCCCUGCGAAUGCCCCCGGAGGACAAAUUGGGUUUGGAUUUGGAUUCGGGCGCCGUCCCCAAGCCCCCACCCCCGCCCCACAAGCUGCGGCUGGGGCAUCUAUCGCUGCUGAAAUCAAUGAUCAGUUGCUGCACAUCGAGCACCGGCUGAACCAAGAGAUUGCCACCCUUCGAGCUGCUACAGAGCAUCUAAAUCACGUGCGCCAGCUUCGGGGGGAACUAGAGCGGUUGCUUGCUCAAGCAAGGGCUGUUAACCGACCAGCUGCCGGUCAACCUGGAGCCGGCCAACCGGCUCCACCUCCAAACAUACCCCCAGCAUCUUCUUUAUUCACAACGAGCCACCAGUAUGGCGCAAACCCGGGCACUGAUGUUCUAAACUCUGGAGACCCUCGUCUACCGGAAGGGCUCACUCUUCCCCCUGGUUGGACCCUCCUUCCUCUCCAGCGUAUGGAUAAUAGUGCCGGCGGUGUGGAACAAACAGUACAACCUACUCCUACCACUACAGUGACAUCCCCAGCUGCUCCAGCCGUGGCUACCGCUGUAACCUCUCAAGUCUCUACAUUCCCCGUUCCUGCUCAGGACCAAACGAGUAGGAGCGUCGGGUUAAAUGCGCACGGCACCGUCAAUGCUGAAACCCAUCCCGUAAAUGGGGCCCCUAGUCCACCGGUAUUGCAACCAAGACCCACCGUGCCCUCGGUGGAACAUCGUGCAGAAUCCCCGUCUCAAGAAUGGACCGACGUUGCUCCUAGAGGGUCCUUUGACGCCAGGCCAGCUUCCUCUAUUCCUACUACAUGGGGUACCAAUGAGGAAUCUGCAAGUAGUGCUUCUGGUCAAGCCGAGACUCAACCCGAAUCCACAUCCAACGGCAAGCGCCGGACCGCAUCAGUUGAGGAAACUCCCGAUGAAGAAGCUUGA